AUGGAAGGAGAGAACGACAUGGAAAGCAAAUGCUCCCCUCUCCUUCGGCCAGCUCCUCCUUUGAGGCCACUGGAGAGGUUUCUAUUGAGUUCUGAGGGGCUUGAGCUCCAUCCGGCCAAGAGGCCAUCGUUCCAAAGGCCAGGAAAACCGGAACCCAGCGAUGCCUCCACUCCCCAGCAAUCUCAUCCUCCAUUCGGUGCAAUCGGAGCUGUUCCAAGUGGGGUGCUGUUGGACGAAACGAGCCUUUUGAGUGGCCUCUUCGUUGACGGAGACGCCGACGGAGGUUUUGGAAGCUUCGCCGGCGGGGAUGUUAUCGCGGUACCGAUGGUUCGAAAGGUCAGAGAAGGCAGGAAGCCGAGCAGUAACGCUGCUUCCGAUCUUAACGUGGUGAAGGGGCAAUGGACGGCUGAGGAAGAUAGGUAAUAAGAUCCCGUGUGUAAGACCUUCGGACUUCUGCUAUCCGCCUCUCUUCCCAUCCUCAGUGCUUCACUGGUCGUCCUUUAUGUUUCUCCUUAUUUUCUCAGGUUGUUGGUGCAACUGGUGAAGCAGCAUGGGGUGAAGAAGUGGUCGCAGAUCGCCAAGAAGCUGCUCGGUAGGAUUGGGAAGCAAUGCAGGGAGAGGUGGCACAACCAUCUUCGUCCCGAUAUAAAGGUUCUUCUCAUUCAUCAUCUCAUCUCUCUCUCUCUCUCGCUCUCUCUCUCUCGCUCUCUCUCCCUCGCUCUCUCUCUUUCCCUCUCUAUCCCUCUUUCUACAUAUAUUUAUAUAUGUAGAUGAAGGUCCUCAUGUCUCUGCUCUGGAAGAGCCAUCGUGCUCUAUAAAUCUCACAUACUUCCCCCGUUCUUGCGACCCCGCUCGACAUGGGAUUUCAUGAGGGAGGACCUUCUUUCAUAGACAUCUGAGAGGUCGUUAUCUCGUGAGUCUAUCUAGAGAAAACGAUAGACGGGUCAAACUCGAGCGCUAAACUGCACUACCAUAGUUUUCUGCGCCCCGAUUGGAAAGCUUGCGACUUUCCGCUUCACUCGCCAUCGUUUCCCCCAUUUCUGUUCGCACCCAACGGAUCUUGUCCAUUUCGCGUGACGUAACUCACGCUAAAUACCAGGCUUCUGGCCAAGUGCUAGCGCUGGACGCCUCACCGUGGCUUCUUUUCACCGGCAGCUCGAACUGCUUCUCCGGUCGCCCUCAUCUUUUGCCGCUUUUUGGCGUCGCAACGCCAACCGUGCAUCCAGUCACAUUGAUCCCCCCGUCUUACUGCAUGUGUUCUUUGGCGCCGGCAUUGUGCAGAAGGACAUAUGGACAGAGGAGGAAGAGCGGCUGCUGGUCGAAGCCCACGAGAAGAUCGGCAACAGGUGGGCGGAGAUCGCCAAGAUGAUCCCCGGGAGGACCGAGAACUCCAUCAAAAACCACUGGAACGCCACCAAGAGGAGGCAAAACUCCAGGAGGAAGCCGAAGAAGGAGGAGUUCCAGGUUCGGAAGUCCCCAUCCUCCAUCCUGCAGGAGUACAUCAGGAGGAAGACGCUUGACGACGAGACCUUCGCGAGGAAUGCCGCUGUCGAUCCCCAGAUUAACUUCUCCUCGACGGUCACUAUCUUAUCGCCCUCCAGCCUGGCGGCUCCGAGGAAUCAUCUUCACUCAACUCUCCCGGCCCUGCUAGACCCAGCUUCCGGGAAAGCUCCCUCUGUCUACACGACGGAACUGAAUUUGGACGAGGAUACGCUUACGGUGGAAGACUUCUUCAUGGAGGGUGGUGGUAUGACGAUGGCAGAAGAGACCUACGUCGGCGUGGAGGCCUACAGCUACGCACCCCAGGUCAACAAGUCCUCUGACAUUUACGACUAUGAUGAGAUCUCCCAGUUCAUGGACGUCGGCCACUGCGGUAUUCUCACCUCUACUGAAGAAGAGUCUUAUGAGACGGUUGUCCGCCCUGACGGUGUCGACGGCCCGGCCCAUAACAACCGGAUCGUCGGCUGCAGUGUAAACGGGAUCAGGGAGAAUUCGAUGGCCCGCUGUCUGUCCUCGGACGUGUACCUCUCUCACUUAUUCGAUGGGGGUUUCGCAACGUCUUCCACAGAGGUUGACCAGGGUUCGCUGCCCAGGGUGUCAUUCUCCAAGAACACAGAAGCUUCUUCUGUCUGGAGUUUGAAUAGUGGAUACAAAGACGAUUUGGACCUGAUAGAGAUGAUCUGUUCGACGCAGUUCUCCCAGCGGAAAAGCAGCAGAAACAGCCAGGAUCAUCUCCAUCGGAUCACAUGA